UAGUUUGGUAUUAUUCUAAUGAUGUCAACUUGGGCUGUGAUGAUGGUGACAAUUAAUAUUAUUUUGGCUUACGAGCCAUCUUCUAUAUCAAAGUGUCUUUGGCACAAUAAUUCAUGUGUUGAAAAUUGCCCAGAACAUAUGAUGAAAAGAGUAAGUAACUGCACUGAAUCUUUCUGGCCCGCACAGAAAACAUGUAAGGAUCCCGAAGAAAUUCUCGUUGGGACAAUGUGCGGAUUUUCAAGGUGCGACUGUCCAGAACCAAUGGUACUCGAUACAGAAACAGGAUACUGCUAUGACGUAGAUAACUGCCCAACAAAACAUGGAUUGGAAAAAUAAAUGUUACAUUGAAUAAUUAUAAGUUUAUAGCAAGUUUGUGAUAAUAAAAUUAUUUAGAAAUAACUAUCUACAAAAAGCCUACAACGUUGCUUUAAUGACAAAUCCGAUCCCGGUCCGGCCGAGUUUCAGUACCACGACUUAUUUCAAUUAGCGUUCCAGAUAAUUAGGUUCAUAGACAAUAGCAUUAUUUUAAACUUUACUGUAUCUAUAGUUACGGGCUGGCACUUGGCAGUUGUCAAAUGAUUAUAUCCUCUACCAAGUGUCAAUGUCUUGCAAGGGUUUUGAGUAAAUAUUAAAGAUCAAAAUAGUUUCAUAACCUAAUAUCAGGCUAACUUAUUAAAACUUCCUUUAUGAUCAAAAUAAUAAAUUUAUCAUUCGUUUAAAAAAAUGUUGCGUGUGUUUUCAAAAAGCAUUAUUUUACAAAACCAAUGUCGCUUAUCUCAAAGAUUAAUACGAGAAUUGGAUGUAAUAAAAUGUGUACCAGUUCAAAAUUGUUUUUCAAGACAUUUUGCUAGUAAAGUGCAGGAAGAUGUAAAAUUUGAACGGAUUUAUUACGGUACCUUGACGCCACAAAUUCGAGCUGUAAAGGUUUUUUCAUUGUGUUCAAGUAUAGCUGGUCUUAUUGCUCAACCCAUUUUAAUCAAGGAGGCUUCAACAAUCGGAAGCACUUCGUUAUUAGUAGCUUUAUGUUCUGUAGUGGGUUUCUUCACAUUUGUUACUCCAAUAUUACUUCACAUCAUUACAAAGAAGUAUGUCACAGAAAUCCAUUAUGACGCAGACAAAUCUUUAUAUAAAGCUACAACAUACAGUUUUUUUCUAGUACCAAAAAAGGUGGAUUUCACACCAGAUGAUGUAGUAGUACCGGACAUCCCCGGAAUGUUCACAACAAUGUUUGCUAAGGGCAAACCUUUAUUUAUUGAAGCCCGGCAUUUCAAUGACCCCCUAGAUUACGCUAAGAUCAUGGGCUAUGAUAAACCAUUAGACUUUAAACUAGGAGAAAUGGAUGACAGUGAAACUAAAAAGUAGAUAAUCUAUUAGAUUUAGGUAUUAGAAUAUAUUUUUUGUUUUUGCUUUUACAUCUAUCAAUAAUAUAAGGUAUAAAAGAAAAGAAGCAUUUUCGUUCUUAAACACUUAAUAUUAGACUUAAGACUAACAGGUAAAUGACCAUAUAUUCUUUUUAAUUUUAAUAAAAAAAAUGAUUUACUAAAACCCCAUAUCUAAUAGAAUUUUCAAAUUAAAAUGCUUAACUGUUGGGAAUCCCAAUUUAUAAUUUAAA